ACAGCGCGUGGUUUACUUACUCGUGUUACUUACUCGUGUGCAACACUGGUUUAAAUAUAAAGUUGGAUAUUUUCACUGGUGGGGGCAGUGGUGUCUACGGCUUUUGCCUAAGAUUAUUUGCUUUUUGACAUUCAAAGUGACGGGCAAUUAGGACAUAAGAGCAAUUGAGUGGCGUACUGCUACAAUGGUUUUUGGGCCUCGUAGACGCCUGUUGCUUUUGGCUGCUCUUUUCCUCGCCAAUGUAAGGGUUGUUUUCGCUGGAUCUCUCUGUCCCUGUAAAUGCACGUGCACUGACGACAUCCGGGGACUGGGCGUAAAUUGCGCCAACAUGGCUGAAGACGAUCUUCCCGAACUGCCGCUCCAUGCUACGUCUCUCAGAAUAUCAGGGAGGUUCGAAACAUUGAGAAAUGGAACUUUCAGUGGUUUCUUCAGCUUGAAAGAUCUCAACAUGUCGGAAUGUAAUUUAAAGACCAUAGAACACGGUGCCCUCUUGGGAAUUUAUGAACUUCGUAACGUGUCAUUCCAGAACAAUUUACUCGUUGAUUUGCCAAGAUUUAUCACGCUACUUCCAAAUUUGGAGAGAGCCAAUUUUCAAGGAAACCGCAUAAAAGUGAAUGCCAGUACCUUUCCAGCGAGCCCAAAUACGCCUAUGUCAUCGACGCUAAUGGAGUUGGACAUCAGUUCAAACGAAAUUUCCGACAUGGGCGUUCUUUAUAAUAUACUUUUGAGCUUUACUAACCUGCGAAAAUUGGUUGCCAGAAAUAAUGGGUUCACCAAUAUGAGCCAGAGAGAUUUUCCAUUUCAUAAACAUUUACAAGUUCUCGAUCUGACAUAUAAUUGGCUGCCUAACCUGUAUCUCAAUUUUGCUAUGUUGACCUCACUUAAAGAAUUAUACAUGUGGGAAACGGGCUGCACAUUUUUCAUCCAAAACAUGUCCUCACUCGCUACAUUUCAGUACAAGCGCAACGCGUUCUGUGUACCGGAUUCUGAUGACGGCAGAUCUUUGUUUGUAGGGCUAUCGGGACUAGAAGAACUAGAUCUGGAGGGUAAUAAUUUAUUUUGCGAUGAAAUUUGGAGCGGCAAAACACUUCCUAGUAUAUUCAAAUCUCUUCUACCUAAUCUGAAAAUAUUAGUGCUGGCUUCGAACCACGUUACCAAACUUCCAAUGAACAUGUUUUACAAAGUUCCUAGCUUAGAAUAUCUGGAUCUAUCGAACAAUGACCUAAAAAGCAUCGAUUCUGCAAUUAACACUUUAGAUUCUCUGGUGUAUUUGAAUCUAAGGGAUAACAGGCUCUUUACUUUGGAAGUGGACAUACUACAGAAAAACACUGACCUACGGUACCUUAACGUCGAGGCAAAUCAGUUUUUCUGUAGCUGCGAAACAAGUAGGUUCUCCGCUUGGAUCCGAAAUCAUACAACCAGAUGGCCGGAAUUAAGGGGAGAGAACCAAACUUGUAGUGGGCCCAUUGAGUUCAGAAACACCAGGUUGCGAGACUUUGCCCCAAAUUGGAUAACAUGUAACAUGACUCCUUUUGUCUUUGUAUGUAUCGGGGCCGGAGUUCUGGUAGUUACGACAUUGGCAAGUAUUAUGGCCUAUCAUCGGCUGGACAUCGUUUACUGGUGGCAUCUGAGAAGAUUGAGUGGUUCUCGUAGAAGCUACAUCAGGUGUCAUGAAAACCAAGCACAAUACGAAUAUGACGCUUUUGUUGCGUACGCCGGCAGUAGCGAGGAAUGGAUCGUGCGACAGUUUCUCCCGCACGUGGAGGGUCAAGGUCGGAGCACCGACCGGGGUCAAGGUAAAGGUCAGGACAUUAGCUUUAAGGUGUGUAUCCAUUCAAGAGAUUUCUUACCUGGAGAGUACAUCAUAGACAACAUAGUAGAGAAAAUGGAGGCAAGCAGAGCGACCAUACUGAUAAUCUCGCACAACUUUCUGAAAAGUGACUGGUGUAAGUACGAGGUUGACAUAACUCAGGCGAAGGUGUUGCGGGAGAGACGCGGGGCGCUCAUUGUUGUGUUUCUCGAGCAGAUACCUUAUAAACAGCUCCCCAAGACGCUUAGACUCAUGAAGCGUCACGUGACCUAUUUGGAGUGGCCGGCGGAGGAGAAUGAACAAAAACGGGCGGAGUUUUGGAAAAAGAUGAAACUUUCACUUCUGAAACGAAUUCAACAAACUCAUAACAUUUCAUAUCCUUCAUAUCCUGAAACACAAGUGUAGUUAGAUUAAAUUUUAUAUAUGAACUUUUCCACUGUCUACAUAUUUUCAAUAUGCGUAGGGCGCACAAAUUUUAUUCUAAGCAGACAUGAUUAAAAUAUCUCAAGUAUGUGUACACACGAAAAAAACGUCUUUUUAAUUCGCCAUUAAUUAGCGCUAAAAUAAGAAUACUAUGUUAAAAUCGAUCUGGCGUUUCAUCCUUUCAGCUAUCGUUUUAUUUACAUUUCUAAAUGCCCUGUCUGAUUGUUCCAAAGCAAUACAUUUAAAUAGUCAGUGUCAGUACUCGCCGGGUCUUACCAAACAGAGCUUUUAAGACUUACAUAAUAACUCUUGUUACAUGUACUUAAAUAUUAUGCACGGAAUCUCAGACACUGCCGGUGUAACGUGACAGAGAGUCCCCCAUAACAGAGAGUCUGCUUCCCAUUCAUUUGUACAG